GUUUUUUUUUUUUUUUUUGUUAUUUGAUUAUGCGUGAGAGGACACACUAUUGCCAAAAAAAAAAAGAAAUAAUUUAUUUUUAACUAAAAGGCCUUCACAAGGCUUGAAAGUCUUCAGCACACAUUAUAAUAUUUUUUGGUUAUUUCAAACUCUUAUACGCCCGCAGCCUACAUUUAUAUAUGACAACUUGCAUAUGCGAACAGAGUUGAAAAAUUUAAUUGUAUGAAAAUUGAAUAACAAUUAUAUUCCCGCGUGCAUAUUGCCCAUGGUAAUAUUACCCGAUUUACGUGCCCUGACUACGGAUUAUCUAUACGAUUUGGAAAUUGAAAAACGUUGAAUUUACGACGGACGACGAUGAAUACAUUGGACGGGGGUAAAAAUCAGUUCGCUCGCCCCAUCUUCUUUACGUUUAUUUUGGUAUACCUUUAGUUUAUAUGAAAUAUUCAAAUUAACAAAAAUUCAAGCAUGGAUAUCAUUUUUUUUUUUGGGUAUAAAAAGACGCACUGCCGUUUCAGCAGUAUGUCAGUUCACUUUAGAGCAUCAGACAGUGAGAAACAAUCCUUUUCUAAGCCCACAAUGAGUCCGCUUAUUAUUGCAGUUCUUUCCACUUUGGCUAUCUCAGCUAAAGCUGGCCUCAUCCCAGCAGCUGCUCCUUUGGUUGCUGCAGGACCAGCACCUCUGGCGUACGCCUCGCCAUUCGCCGCUCAAUACUAUUCCGCUCCAUUGAUCCAGAGGGCUGCCUAUGCUGCUCCAGUUGCCCGUGCCUUCGCUCAGCCAAUCGUUGCCGCCCCAGCUCCAGUCGUUGCCGCCAGAUCCUUAGCUGCUCCAGUUGUUGCCGCCCCAGCCCCAGUUGUUGCUGCCCCAGCUCCACUUGUUGCCGCCGAGGAGGUCGAUUCCUUCCCUCAAUACAGAUUCGCCUACGAUGUCCAAGACACCCUUACCGGUGACUCAAAGACCCAAGAGGAAAGCCGUGACGGUGAUGUUGUUCGUGGAUCUUACUCCUUGAUUGAACCUGAUGGUUCCCGUCGUAUUGUCUCCUACUACGCUGACGAUAUCAGUGGAUUCAACGCUGUCGUUCAAAAGGAUGUCCCAGUUGCAGCUGUUGCCCCAGUUGUUGCCGCUAAGACCAUUGUUGCCCCAGCUCCAGUUGUUGCUGCCAAGACUAUUGUAGCAUAAGCUUUUGUAUGUGCCGGAUCUCGCCCCAAAACCCCAAUUACCUGAAAAACAACCCUGAAAAUAGCUCAUUGAUAACCGCCAAAUUCGGAGUUCGUGCAAUAUUAAGAGUGACAUCUAUUGUAAAAAAAAUAAGUAAAACUCUUCAUUGUCAUUGUUGUAAAUUGCUUUCAUCACUUCUUUCUUUUUAUUAUUGUCCUCAUUGAAAAAUUGUAACAAAAAAAAAAUUGGAAGAAACAUAUAAAAACAAAUAUUUCUUAAAAAAAACUAAUUUUCUUUUUAUUUAAAUUGGUAUUGAUUGUUGAAGGUUUUUCAUGAUGGAUGAAAUUCAUGAUCGAAACCUCAUUAGAAUUCUCAGUAGGUGAUUUCUCAUUCAAAAGUGAUUUUUUCGAACGAGUUUGUAAUAAAUAAAAUAUUAUGAUGAUUUCACUUUGUUUUUACUUUUUGAGUUUCUCAAAACGAUUUAUUCAAAUAGCGCUUCACAAAAUGGCCACUUAAAAAAUUUGGGUAGUUGCAGAGAAUACUAAUAUGAUUUGGCGUAGUUUUUUGACGAGAGAGAGUGGAAUUGUUUUUUUUUUUAAAUGAAUUUUACAAAUCAAAUAAAUUGCAUUUGAAUGUGGGGUAAGGAACUUUUUAGGUCGUAAACUGGAGGAAUUUAAAUUGGAACGAAAUGAGGGCAAUGUACCACUUCCUAAGAAUUUAGAUUUUUUUUUUUUUUUGAUAAAUUUCCAUUGAUUCAGUAUUAACGAUCU